GCGCCGGCGGCCGAGCGAGCGGGGCCGCGCGCCACGGGCGGAGCGCGGCGGCGGCGAGCGGAGCGCUCCCGGCCGGCAGCGGCCUCCGCCGACCGUCGCGCCUCCCGCUGGCACCGAGUGAAGAUGACAUGCGGAAUUUUUCUAAGCAGUGGAUGCGUGUGCACUUAAUGGAAUCUUCUCCCUCAAUGUUGAGGAUAUAUUGGCUUGCAGGAUGGAAGAACUGUAACUGAAGAAGAGACAGAGACAAGCUCUUUCAGCAUGGAGACUGUUUUGGUUGAUGGAGAACUUGAUAGAAAUUCAAAGUCGCUGUGUGGUCUCGGGUGACCAGUUGCCCCGUGCUGGGGUGUCAUGUUGUACCUCGGACAGGACAGCUCCGGAGGCAGGCAGUGAGACACGACCUGCUGCUGGGCUUUUCCCUCUGUGUCUUCACUGUCAUCAUGGUGAUAUCAGAGACUCUCAUGGACCAGCAACAGUGGUAACAAACAGUGAUGAAUCGCACCUUUUAACCCCAGGAAAGAUGAACCAGCGCCAGGGGAAAGAAGCCUAUUUUACUCCAACCAAAGAGCAACUCCAGCCAUCUCUCAGCCCAGGAACAGUUCACAGCCAUGGUUUUGACAAAGGGAAGGACGAUGUGUCACAAAGUAAAGAGGAUACGGCACAUUCUAUAUCAAAAAGCAAGUCUGAAUCCAAACUUUUCAAUGGCUCGGAGAAGGACAUCUCUUUGUCUUCAAGCAAGCUUACGAAAAAGGAAUCUCUCAAGGUUCAAAAGAAAAAUUACAGGGAAGAGAAGAAGAGAGCUACAAAAGAAUUACUUAGCACUAUCACAGACCCAUCAGUUAUUGUUAUGGCUGACUGGCUGAAGAUUCGUGGUACCUUGAAAAGCUGGACCAAGCUGUGGUGUGUACUAAAACCAGGAGUCUUGCUUAUUUACAAAACUCCCAAAAAUGGCCAGUGGGUAGGAACAGUGCUCCUGAACGCUUGUGAACUCAUUGAGAGGCCUUCUAAAAAAGAUGGCUUUUGUUUCAAACUUUUUCAUCCUUUGGAGCAGUCCAUAUGGGCUGUAAAGGGUCCAAAAGGUGAAGCAGUUGGUUCUAUAACUCAGCCAUUACCCAGCAGCUAUUUGAUCAUCCGAGCUGCUUCAGAGUCAGAUGGCAGGUGUUGGAUGGAUGCUUUGGAAUUGGCUUUGAAAUGUUCAAGUCUGCUUAAACGUACAAUGAUUAGGGAAGGUAAAGAACAUGAUUUGAACUCUUCAGCAGACAGCACGCAUGUCUCUCUCUAUGGUCUGCUUCGUGCUAACAACUUACACAGUGGAGAAAACUUCCCGUUAAAUGACAGUGAAAUUGAAAGGCAUCAAUUUAAAGAUCCAGACAUGUACUCUGACAAAUCUGAUAAGGAAAAUGAUCAUGAUCAUGAUGAAUCUGAUAACGAUGGAUUGGGCAAAAGCGAAGAAAGCGACAGUGACACAUCAGAGCGACAGGAUGAUUCUUAUGUCGAUCCUGAACCGAUUGAUGUUAAGGAAACUACUUAUUUAGAACAGAGUCAUGAAGAGCUUGGGGAGGCCGGGGAGGCUGCUCAGACAGAAGUAGUGUCAGAAGAAAACAAAAGUCUGAUCUGGACACUGCUGAAGCAAGUCCGUCCAGGAAUGGACCUGUCCAAAGUUGUGUUGCCUACUUUUAUCUUGGAACCUCGUUCCUUCCUGGACAAGCUGUCUGAUUACUACUACCAUGCAGACUUUUUGUCAGAAGCUGCUCUUGAAGAGAAUGCUUACAACCGUAUGAAGAAAGUAGUGAAGUGGUAUUUGUCAGGAUUCUACAAAAAGCCAAAGGGACUUAAAAAACCCUACAAUCCUAUACUUGGUGAGACUUUCCGCUGCAUGUGGAUUCAUCCAAGGACGAAUAGCAAGACUUUUUACAUUGCAGAACAGGUAUCUCAUCAUCCUCCAAUAUCUGCCUUCUACGUUAGCAACCGCAAGGAUGGGUUUUGCCUUAGUGGUAGCAUUCUGGCCAAGUCCAAGUUCUACGGGAAUUCGCUAUCUGCCAUACUAGAUGGAGAAGGACGGCUAACAUUCCUAAAUAGGGGAGAAGAUUAUGUAAUGACUAUGCCAUACGCUCAUUGUAAAGGAAUUCUUUAUGGCACAAUGACUUUAGAGCUUGGGGGAACUGUCAACAUCACCUGUGAAAAAACUGGCUACAGUGCAACCAUUGAAUUCAAGCUCAAGCCAUUUUUGGGUAACAAUGACAGUGUUAAUCAAAUAUCAGGGAAAAUUAAGCUUGGCAAAGAAGUUCUGGCUAUUUUGGAGGGUCACUGGGACAGUGAAGUUACCAUUAGUGACAAAAAGACAGAUGUUUCGGAGACCUUCUGGAACCCAACAUCUGAUAUCAAGCAGCGCAGGUUACUUAGAUACACAGUGAAGUUUGAAGAGCAAGGUGACUUUGAGUCAGAGAAGCUUUGGCAACAAGUGACUCGAGCAAUAAAUAACAAAGACCAAACAGAAGCUACUCAAGAGAAAUAUGUUCUGGAAGAAGCUCAGAGGAAGGGUGCCAAAGAGAGGAAACUUAAAGGUGAAGAGUGGACAUGCAAACUGUUUGAUCAGGAUUCAGUCACAGGGGAAUGGCACUACAAAUAUGCAGAUACCAGACCAUGGGACCCUUUGAAUGAUAUGAUCCAAUUUGAAAAAGAUGGUGCCAUCCAAACAAAAGUUCGACAUCGGACACCAAUGGUUAGUGUUCCAAAAAUCAAACGAAAACCAGCUGGUCAGCAGAAGAAAGGGGAGUGUGGUUUCUCGUCCCCUGAGCCUGAUAAUCAGGAUUCCUCUGGAAGUGAAGCACAACUUCUGAAGCAUAAUACAAGAAUAAGGAAAAAAGGGGCAGACCUUGGUGAACUGCAAAGUGCAAUUGAAUCUAUAAAGGAAACGCAAGAAGAUAUUAAGAGGGACAUUAUGGCUCUACGAAAUCGAGUCAUUUCUAAUUCACCACCUGUGGACAGCCAUUUUUUGCAGCUUAAGCACUGUAUCCUCAUUUUACUCAUGAUUCUGCUACAGCUUGUCAUUAAUAUCUUGUUCAAAUAGGAAGUGUGAACAAGGGCCUUUCUGAACUGGAAUGAUCAAACUCUUACUGGGGACCAUAUUUUAAGUUGGACUAAAUGAUGCAAUAUUAUCUCAAAGAGCCCUGUAGCAACAACUUACAGAACUUUGCGUCUGAGUGCAUGGUUCAGUCGUACUCCCGUCUACCCAGUUGAAGUAAGAAUUGUGCAAGUGCCAGUACACUCUUGUUCCUGGUGUGUGCCUCUUUCUCCGUCUCAGACAUGCAACAUCAGCCUUGUGUUUUAUUGUUUGUCAUACACUGUAUUGAUAAAUCUUCACUAUGGAAUAGCUCAAAUUCAAAAAUUCAGAGGUCAGCCCCUAUUAGUAGGGCAUGUUUCCUAUUUUGGUAGAAUAAUCAACAAGCAGAGUUUGUUACUUUGUUCUAAAACCAGUAAGUUUAAAUGUAACUUUUGAAGUAGCAUUCUUACUGACAUUAUUUGUAAUGGGUGUUGAGGUAACACUGGGUGGUUGGAGGUAAACUGUUUAAGGUCAAACAAAUAUAUUACUAUAGAAAGCUCAUAAGUGCUGGAAACUGGCAAGUAAAGAGCUGAAGUCUUUGAGACCUUUGCAAUUGAAUGUCCCCAAUUUGUUUGCAGAAGUAUGACAGUUUUUAUUCUGAAUUAUGACAAGGGCUUAUAAGCCAGUGGUUUUAUUUUUACAAUUUUUAAAACGUAAGUUUCUUCAUAAAAGCAUUCCUCCAUCUAGUAUACAGAACAUGUUUUUAACAAUGCAGCAGCCAAGAAGGUACUGUCUUGGUCCACGCAUGCUUAAGAGUUGCAAAUGUCAAGGAUUUACAGUAUAUUUGUAAGUUUUGAUAAACCGGCAGCUUUGAAUUUACUGUUGUGUAUGGCCACUUCACAGUCAGAAGACAGACUGCUGAUAUCAGGGACUCUUUCUUAUUUCUGAAAUAAAAUGUUAACACACAAAGUUAGGUUUAGUAUGUAGCUUGAGUUGAAUCUUCCAAAGGAGAGACUAUGCAGAACAUAAUUCAGCCGAACAGUCAACAGUUGACUUGCAAAUGAAAAUGUGUGUUUCCAAGGGGAAAGGCUUCAGAAAUAUUGGGAUGACUAAGAACACACAUACAUAUAAAACAAAUGAGAAUGAAACCCUAAGUCUCUUUUUAAAUUCCUCCUUACUGCAACAUAUACUGUGUAACUUACUACCCUGAUGCACCUAUUCAUUAUUCUGUAGAUUAAUUAUAAAGCUUAAAUUUUGAUUUAGAACCAGGGUUUUGAACAUAUUUUGAUUUGAAGAAAUAUAUGCAUGUAUACAGCUUGCAAAACUUCAGCAAAAUAAUUUAGUGCUAGUAUUUGUCUGGUGAGUUCCUAAUGCCAGUUAAGCCUUUCCACCUUUGUAUCAAGUUAAAAAGGGACUGGAAUAAUGUAAACAUACCUUCAGUAGCCCAAAUGAGACAGUAGGGGAUGAUGAGAGGCACGAUAUAAAGGGCAGCCAAGUUUGUUUUCAGAGGAUCCUCUCAGAAAUCAAAUGUAUGCUGGGCAAUGCAACAGUUCAGAUGUCACUUUUGGCUUUUUGCCAUGGGUUGGUUAUUCCUCUGUGGCACCUGAGCUUAUGUUCGGGCAGCCUCCCUCUCUCUUAAACUAAGCUAACAUGAGGAGACUGCAAAGUUGGCUUGAGGGUAGCCACUGUCACCCUUGUAAGUCCAGUUUUGCAUCCGUCUCGCCUAGUAUUUAGUGAAAAUACCAUUUACUUACUGUCAGUCCAGCUCAAAUGUUCCUGUGGCUGACAUCUUCACUGCACCUCCACUUCCAUUUUUUCUUUGGGCCUCAGCUCUGUAAGAGUUUAUUACUGAAGUGGUCAAUGGUAGCUUGUUUUGUUUACUACUUACAGCUUCGUAUUACUAUAGUUUGGUCUUGUUUCAUUUUCUGGAACAUGGUAGCUUAACCAAACAGAGUGGUCUUGUGUAAGUGGGCAUGACCAAACUUGAUUGGUCUAUAGCUGAUGAGGCAAAGUUUGUGAAUGUAGAAGGGCCCUCAUUAUAUUAAAAAAAAAAAAGAAAAAAAAGAGAGAGAAAGAUCCCUAAGUUAAGUCCCUAACAGCAGAACUUGAAGUUGUUAGCAGUAUAAAAGAUGGCAUAAUGAAAAGGAAAGCAGAGUAUUCUAAUAUGAAUUUAAAGCUCUCAGCACUUAAUUAGAUCAUUCAUUAUAUCAUUCAAAUGUCAAAAUUUUACCUCUUUUAGGAUCUGUUACAGGUCCCUAAGUGUACUUUGUACAUGGGAGGGAUACAUAAGGAUAUGAGGGAGGUAAAAAUAAAUUAAGAAUUUGGGCAAUAGCUUAAAUCCCCUAAAAGAGUAGUCUGCUAAAUUUUUGCUGCUGAAGCUCGUGACUGAUAGUUAAAAAUAUUUUAUCUCCCUUGUAAAUAGAAAUGUCCUUCUGUCCCUUCAUGUUGGUUUUAAUCACUUCUAUUCAAGGUCAGUUAAUAACCCAGUCUGGAUGUAAUUUUACAAGAACUAGAUGGUAUUUUCCUUUUCCACUUCAUUUGUAAGUUAUGUUCUACACAGUCAAAACUUUUUGAAGUAAAAGCUGCAGACUUCUGCUUUGACUGAAUGAUUACUGAAAUACUAAAAAGCACAUUUAAAGGUGGGUAAUUCCUAUUUUGCUGGGUUUUGUAUAAUGCUUCUUCAUGUGAAUGGAACUAAGGAAUUUCUUGCCUGUUUUUUUUUAUAGUACAGCUGGUUGCAGGUCUUGUUUAUGAAGCCUUUUCUCUAGCACAUCCCCAUUGUCCUAUUUUACCGUGAUGUGUAGCUGAUCUUGAAUAUUACUUACCUAAGACCUAACUAUGCUCAUAGUCAUAAAAAAGAUUGUACAGUUUGCAGAUGUUUGAGGGCAGUGGCCUCCAGCUAGUUUUUAAUGUUCAAAACAGCACUUACUUUCACACUUGAUUUUACUAUUUUUUUUUCUUGUACAGGAAAUAAGAUAUUUUCAGAGUUUGUUGCCAUGGUAGGGGUUUUUUGUUUGUCUUUUUUUUUUUUUUUUUUUCUUCAAAAGCACUCUAAGCCUUUAAUUUGCCAUUUAGGUACAGAUGACCUAAAGAUAAAAAGAGUAAAUAUGUCAUGUGAAAUGUAGCAAGUACCAUCUACUGCUAGAAGUGAUACUUCUUGCAUUUCACAUGUUGAUUACUUUAAAAUAGUAGAUGUUACUUAUAAGAGUAUAGCAUGUUUCCUCCCCCCUAAAAACUGUUAAAGACAUAAUUUGAAAGGUUGUCCUAUAAUAUGUUGUGAUUGUGGUUUCUUUUUCUUUUUUCCUUUGUUUGCUGCCUUUCUGUGCCUUUGGGAAACUUUGCCAGACUGGUGUUUAUGAAACAGAAUUUAGAUUCAAUGUUUGGUAUAGUUACCUGAAGGGUAUUACUUCACCACUGUUUGUGUAAAUAACAUGUAACAAGGAUGCUGUACAUCUGUAAGUUUUAAUUGUUGUAUUGUAAGGGUAUCCCAAAAUCACUGACAAUUUAUCCGAUACUCAACUAUUGUAAACAGUGCCUUCUUGAUGGUUUCUUGCUGUUCUGAGGUAUGUGUGGAUGAUUGUCAAGCUUGUGCCAUAUGUAACAUCCCAUGUUUUGUGAAGGCUUUUUUUUUUGAAAACUAACUUUCCUGCUUAGUCAGAUUCUCUCUCGCCUAAAAAAACAACAAACAAACUCUUAACGUGUUCCUUCCCUCUUCUGGCCGGCAAGCCGUGACUGUAGACCUUUUCGCAUCUUUUGGUGUUUGAUACAAUUAAGCUGCAAGUUUGUUUGUGGUAUUACAGAAAUGGCUGUAACACAGUAACAUCACAGACAUAGCCUCCCACGUUUGUUCUUCACCUAAUUUCUAAAGAAAAGAAAAACUGGAAGAAGUGGAUAUUUCUUAGGGUGUGUAGUGCACAGCUACACCUACAUCUUGUGUAAAUUUUCAGAUAUUCAGAUCUGUGACCACAGUACCAAACGCCUGUGUUUGACUAAGUGGGAAAAGCAGUUUUUAAAGGACAGAGCCUGUCGUUAUUUAUUUGUUUCUGCUCCGUUUCCUUAGUUCCCGCGCUGUUCGUAGCUCCGGCCUGGCCCUUUCUCUUCCCUGUGUGUAACGGCCCCCGACCGUUGCUCGCGCUGUCCCUGCCCGGCCGUGCGGGCACCCAGGCGGCGCCCCUUCCCCUCCCCGGCGCGCGCCGCGCUGCCCGCGGCAGCCGCCCCAAUAAAGACGUGUCGCACCA